CAGUUGACGCGCGACCGUUGAAGUGAACGUACGUAUCACGUCACGGCUAUGUAGCAAUUACAUAGAGAUGUUGAAUUUCAGUGAGUUCAUUGAGAGUUUUAUCGAUACCAUCCCCUUCGUGGACCUUGAAAAGAAAUAAUUUUAACCACCGCAUCCGUCUUCGGGAAUUUAAUUAAUCGACCGAUAAACGCUGCAGGGUGAUCAGCCCCCCCCCUAAUUUCAUCGCAAUCGUUCCAAAAAAUAAUGCUCAAUAAAGAAGAAGAAGAAGAAGAAAUUAUUGACAAAUUUUAUUUCUCCUCAGACAGUAUUAUUUUACCGCAAUGCGAUCGAUAGAUGCGCUGCAUUUAUCAUCGUCGUGUAUACCGGAAGAUAAUUUCAUUCGGAAAAUGUGAUAGCCGUACCGUCCGCAGUGCAGGGUGCAGCAGUGACGAAAUUUUUUUUUAGAAACCUACGCACAUACGUACCUGUGUGAAAAUUAUUUGCACCACGAUUACGCUUUUUACGUUGAUAACGUGCCAUUAGAAGCAAAAAAGAAGAAAAAAGAAAAUACACGCAAUUGUGAUACCAUACGUAUAAUAACCAGUGGGUGAAUGUAACGCGCGGUUUCGUAAUCAACGGAAAUUAAUGAGACUCCGAUCUUCGGAGGACACCAAAACAAAAUAUAUCUGCUUAGUUUUCGACUACGAUCUCUCCGAACGUAAACACGAGACGCGAGUUAAUAAGCGUACAAAAAACGUCCUAUUCGAACGUCCUUUCGUAUUACCGCAAAGAAAUUGCGUAUUUAUUCGGUGGAUCACAGCGACACGUAGAUUUCGCUUUACGACUAUUCGCAACGGGUAGUUUUCGAGGUACGAGAGAGUGAAAUAUAUCGGCAGAAACAAGGGUGGAAAUAAACGAGUAUCGCGUAGAGAAAAUUUUGCUGGGAAACAGCUCGUGCAGAGAGCAGCGGUGUACGUAGUACCUCUACGUACGUACGUCUCACCCGCGAGGAUAUCGAUUGCCGGCGUCUCCCGAACACCACCAGAAUUUCAACUUGAAGAGGAUGAGCUGCUCUUCGGCGUAGAACCCCACGGAUUAUUCCCCGCUGUCGUUCUGGUGCGAACCGGAAGAUCUUCUUUAUCGUCGUGCACGAGUGCUGAGGGUGUACAACAAGCGGCGGUGGCAGUUUUGAGAGAAACGGGAAGAAAAAUCGAUAGAGACACACGUCGAUUCGCAUAACGUCCACAUGAAGGGUGCGAUGACCUCAAAACCGGGAAGGUCCUACGGCCUGAGAUCUCCGCGGGUCGGAGGUCCGCUUUCUCAACCCCUCGCAAUGAUACCUCCAACGAUGCACGGGCACGAGUUCAACCAGCCGUUAUCCAGGGUGGUCAUGGUCCGGAAAACCGAUCAAAGGACGUUCAGCAAGGGACACAGAGGCGGCGAACCGAUGCUAGAAACUGUAACUCGUGAAACAAUCGAACUUUUCAACGGCGGUAGAGCGGAAAGAAAAUUUACAUCCGAAACUAAGGACGUCGCCACCCCAAAAUCGAACAGCAUGCCUUCCCUCAGCGGAAGUGGAACCAAAAAGAAGGUUGUUGGCUUUGUUGACCAGUUAUCAUCCGAAAGAUCGAGGGCUGAAUCCGUGCGAUCGAAAUCACCGGUAUCUGCUUCUCCGGCGUCACCAGGACCUCUUUCCGGAUCAUCCUUCCAUGGAAGUUUUCACGGGAGUCUCGGUAGCGAUGGUAUGUCCUGCAGCAGUGCAAGGUCUUCGUCCGCUUCGCCUGAUUCGGCGAGAUAUACGGACUCGCUUCCGAUAGCAAAACCAGAGAUUACAAAGACUGACCAACGUAAAACAUCUGUGCGUAGAUCUGAAGGACCUUCGAAGGAAUUCAUCGACGCCUGUCUCGAUACUCACAAUUCUUACCGAGCUCGCCAUGGUGUACCUCCGCUCAGGAUUAACAAACAGAUGUGCAAAUCGAGCCAAGAUUGGGCGAACGUACUCGCAUCGAAAGGUCGUUUGGAACACCGAACGAACAUCGAUCAUGGAGAAAAUCUUUUCUGCAUGUGGAGUUCGAAUCCAAAAACGGUAGUGAACGGGGAGGAACCUGUGAACGAAUGGUACGCGGAAGAAGCGCAGCACCAAUACGGCAAGGAACCAACGACCUUGAAAUCGGGUCAUUUCACGCAGGUCAUAUGGCGCGACAGCGCGGAAUUGGGCGUCGGUAUGGCUCGGAAUCGAAACGGUGAAAUAUACGUCGUUUGCAAUUACAAUCCGGCUGGAAAUUUCUUGGGCAGUUUCACGGAAAACGUUCCGCCUCCGGGAGGCGCUACUUCCCCCGGAAAGAAGACCGGGAAUUUUACCGUCCAACUUACUCAGGUUACCGAUUCCGCCUGGCAACAGGAGGCUCUUAUGGUUCACAACGAGUAUCGUAGGAAACAUAGAGUCUCCGACCUCAGACUCAACUCCGAACUAACAGCUGCCGCUAAGGCGUGGGCGGAAAAUCUCCUCCAAACGAACAAGCUCGUACAUCAAACGGCUUCGCCUUAUGGCGAGAAUAUUUAUUCCAUGCACAGUUCGGACCCGAAAAUUAUCGUUUCCGCCCGAGAGGUUGUCGCGAAAUGGUACUCGGAGAAAAAGGAUCACAAAUACGGAUCAGAGCCGAGGGUUCUCAACACUUGUCACUUCACGCAAGUCGUGUGGCGAAAUACAACGGAUAUGGGUAUCGCGAUGGCCCGAAAAAACGGCACCUGUGUCGUGGUGGCUUGUUAUCACCCGCGAGGAAAUAUCGUCGGUCAAUUUACUGAAAAUGUAUUAAAACCAAAGUGAUGAUUGAUUCGCACUUCCAAUAGAUUUAAAGACACAAUAUUACAAAUAAUCUUGUUAAUAUAUAGAUAUAUAUAUAUAUAUAUAGCCUAUAAUGACUAAAUCCUGUAUUUAUAUGAUAAUAGUAAUAAACAUUCCAUGUGAUUAUUCAUCACUUGAAAAACGAUA